AUGGGUUCGAAAAGCGGGCAUUGGCCGGACAUCGAAGACUCCAAUCCCAGGGAGGCUCUCGAGUUUCAACCCGCGACGAUCCCUCCUGACAAGCCUGCAAACACACAACGUCUGCGGAUUCAGCAUGCAGCUGCGGGAGGCCGGCAUGUCGUAGCUGUCGCCACUGACGGAUCUUUGUGGUCGGCUGGUGAUGGGCUUUCUGGCCAGUUGGGCAUUGGGGUGAGACAGUUCGGGCUAUGUACCCCGGAUGGCGUGGUUGACAUGGAGGCCAAUGAGACCGAGGAGGAAUUUGCUGUCAAAUGGGAGGAAAUGGAGGUAGAAGCCCUUCAGGAUCGAGAAUGCAUGGCGGUGUUUGCGAAUGAGCAACAAACCUUCAUCUUGACUCGGGAUCCGGAAUAG